GAAAUAUCUCAGGCAAGGAAAGAGUGCCUACAGAUUGGUGGAAUUCCUCAUGCACUAUCUCAUGCACCCUUCGCAUCACACAAGGCUGAGAGAAUCAAGAAAGGGGAGCAUGUCAGAUUGCCAUGUAAUGGGCAGUGCUACAUAUAUAUGUAUAUAUUGGCAUAGGUAGGGACUUUCGCUUCCAAGCCUUUUCUACUUUCGUAUAAGAGGUUGCAUCGUAUCUACUUGCUUAUUCAUUCCCGCCACCAUUGAUAAUUCAAUUGGAUUCCCCGGAAAUUUUCGAAAGUUCUGAAGAGACAAUGUCUACCGAAACCCCCAAUCAAAUAAUACCUCGACGUAGGAGAUGCGGGCCCAAAGUGAAGACAGGCUGCCAAACUUGCAAGAUACGUCGAGUCAAGUGUGAUGAAGCUAGGCCUUCAUGUGAAAGAUGUGUUUCCACUGGACGAAAAUGUGAUGGUUAUUCCACUGACCUAAAGAGGUUGAGCCCGGAAAUACAAACAUUAUCAGACAUCCAGCAAGUACCUAUAUUUUUACCUGGUACUGUAAAUGAACGGCGAGGUUUUCAAUAUUUUGUUUCCAAUACAGCAACAGAGCUCAGUGGAUAUUUUGAUCCCUCUUUCUGGAAUCAUCUCAUAUUGCAAGCAAGCUCUGUGGACCCAUCUCUUCGGCAUGCUAUUAUAGGACUUGGGACUCUCCACGAAGAUUUCUCAAACCGAAGAUUGGAUCUUGCAACGAAAUGCGAUGCUGCAAGAUCAGGAUUUGGGUUCGCCACAAGUCAAUACACAAAGGCCAUUUCACACCUUAGACGAUCUUUAGCGGCAGGCAAACAGAAACCUCUCACAGCUUUAAUGUCUUGUAUUCUUUUCGUUUGCUUUGAUUCUUUACGGGGCCACUUCUCAAGCGCAAUAAUGCAUUUGCAGAGCGGCCUAAAGAUUUUGCAUAAUUCACGAUUACGAAACAACUCCCAAGACGAGGAUCUGAUAGAAGAAAACAUUGUACCUAUGUUCAUGAGACUUUGCAUACAAGCUAUCCUGUACAUCGAUACCAGAGAAGUUCCAGAACGUAUGGCCUUCGCAAAAGUAAUAUCAACUAUCAGUACUCGAGAAAAUAUCAUACCGAGAGAAUUCGAAAACCUGGAUGCAGCAAGAAGAAGUCUCCUUCACGCAUCCGAUAGCCUUUUCCGAGGAGGUUACUUAUGGGAUGGCAACCUUCCAUUCGCUUGUCAACCAAAGUUGGCGAUGGAUUUAUAUGUAAAAUCUCGUGCGCAACUGGACGCUUGGAGAGGCUCAUUUGAGAGUUUCAUGAAAAGCCAGAGUCAUACUUUUGACAGCAAACAAUUGAGGGGUGCUGUGUUGUGCAAAGUGCAUUAUGCAACUGUGCACAUUAUGGCCAGGGUCUCUGAACUAGACCUAAACGACCCUCGAAUCAUCAGGGACUCUGUGAAUGAUCCCAAAAAGUUCGCCGUGUUUGAUUCGGAAUUUCAAAUCAUCGUCAGUCUCGCGAGAUCUUUAAUUAAUGCUGCCGAGGAAGAUGCUAAAGCUGGAAGACCUGCCUUCACAUUUUCAACCGACUUGGGCUUGAUUGCUCCCUUAUAUUUCACUUGCGUAAAGUCGCUCAAUGAAACAACUCGCCACCAAGCAUUGGAACUUCUACUGCGGUGUCCAAGAAAGGAGGGAAUGUGGGAUAGCUCAUCAACGAUCAACCUCGUACGAGGCUUCUGGAACCUCGAACAGAAACUGAUUUAUCGACCUAGAGAAGUAUACCCAGUUUCGGAAAAACUCAUGCAGAUGAGUGAGGUGGUAAACCUUAUCCUGAACGAGGAUAUGCAAUGGGAAUGGAAACUCUCUGAAACUCCGAGAACAGAACCUCCUCAACGUACACAUGGAGAUGAUUUCUUGAAUUUGGAGGACUUUAGUUGGCUACCAACUGAAAUGGAAGAUAUAAAAUUAUUUGAAAUGGCUAGAGGAAGUUCCCUGUUAGGGGCUUCUUGGCCCUAAUUACAUCCGAAAAGACGAUGAAAGUCUAUCAAGAGACGCAAUACUUACAUCAUAGAGAUAGAAAGCGACUUUAUACAUCCAAGAAAUGUUUGCGCAGCGAUUUGUUUUAUGUAUCAAAAUUCUUCUCUGCUUCCAGAAUCCAUUUCCCCUUGUUCA